AUGGCGGAGCAAGAGAGCUUAGAGUAUGGCAAAGGUGAUUUUCUCCUUCUGGACGAAAUCACCAAAGACGAAUUUAUGAAAAACCUCAAGCUUCGCUUUAAGAAGGAGCGAAUUUACACCUACAUCGGCGAAGUGCUUGUGUCCGUGAAUCCAUACAAGACUUUGAACAUUUUUGGAAACGACAAGAUUCAAGAGUACAAGAUGAGAGAAAUGUAUGAAAGGCCGCCGCAUAUUUUCGCAUUGGCUGAUGCUGCCUACCGAACGAUGAAAAGACGAUCAGAAGACACCUGUAUCGUUAUUUCAGGUAAGACUGUUUUUAUUUAGGUUCGCUCAUCUAAUUUAUUCAUCAGAGGUUUAGUAACAAUUUCAUCUUGAGAGCUUUACGAGUGGACUUGAUCUUUACACGAAAUUAAAUUCUGUGGUGUGAAUCUUUUGGUCAAACAAUACUUGUGGUGUUUGUAUAGACAAUCAGUAUAUCUGCAAUCGGAAGUUCAGCCUUUUUCGGCGCAUAGUUUGCGUGGUAACUGCAGAUAUCGGUUUAAAUUGUUUUUGUUUAUAUUGGAAUGACGUCUAAACUCCUUGUACGUAAUGAAAUUCUUAAAGUAAAUUGAAGUAUCUAGGAAAAGUUUUUCAAAAAAUUUUUUUUGAAAACUCAACUAAAAUUGACCCUUAACAGUUUCGACAUUAGUGUUCGAAAAAGAAAACCAUCCCUUUUCAGUUUUGAAGAAAAGUCCAGAAUAUUUUUUCGGUUUCAAAACUGUCAACAAACCGUAAAAUUAUUUGCAUGAAUUAUUUUCCAAUUUUUAUCUCUUCAAUGUUUAAUAUUCAAUUUCUUCACGGUCAAAAAAUAAUUAAAGCCAUAGCUGUCAGUCUUUUAUGGUGUAUUAUUUGAAUAGUUUCAAGUUUGUACAACCAUAACAAAUAUCAUAUUGGAAACUUUUUUAAAAAAAUUAUGACUUCUCCAAUACGCGUAAAUCAGGUUGAAAAUGGUUGAGUAAACUAUUUUUUUUAAUUUUUUUUUGCUUUUUUCCCAAAAUAACUGAGUUUAUAUGAUUGGUAAAAAAUAUGUUGCUUCUUAUAAUGGUAAAAUGAUUAAAACAAACACUGUUUUUGCUUUUCUAGUUUUUUUUGUAAUAGAAGGUUACUGGGUCAAAAAAAAACUCUUUUAAAGAAUGUCAGAAGACCACUGUGUAGAUCACAUGCAUUUAUGUUGUGAUUCACAAUUAUGUAAGCUUUAAUUUUUUUAUGUUCUUCCUGCACCACAAAGGUCAGCUUUAGUACAGUCAGAUUGUUAUCGCAGUUUUACUUUCUUUGAAACAUCUUCAGCUGAUAAAGAUCUUGAUAACGAUUGGCCCUUCACACUAUGUGGUUUGAGGACUCCAUAUUUAUAUUAAUAGCAGUUACAUCAUGUGGUGGCAUUAGUAUAGGUAAUAGCAUGAUUUGUAGUGAUAUUUGGCAUAAAUAGCACGAGUGAUAUUUCGAAAUUGUUAUACAUAAUUUCACGAGCCGUUAGGCGAGUGAAAUUUGAGACAAUUUUGAAAUAUCACAAGUGGUAUUUAUGCCAAAUAUCACGUACAAAUCAUGCUAUUAUUUGUUUAUACUACUACCCACAAAAGGUUUGUAAUUUUUCACAUGUAGGUAUUUCAAAUUAAGCUGAAAUACCACUGCUCUAGGCCAAUCAAAUUGCAGAAAUUUCUGAUGUAGUAGUAUAAAUAUCAUUAAUGGUUUUCCUUUUAGACGUGAGUGAAGUUAAUAUUUACCAUAGUCCUGUCAACUAUAGAUUUCAUUUCUGUAAUUCUGGUACUUCUCUCAUUUUACAUUAGCUGUAUAUUUUGAACAUUAAAAGGACAUUAUUUGGAUUACUCUUUCAUUAUAUUAAUUACUCAGUUCUCUUAGAACUUAAAAAUGUAGCUCUUUAUGUUGUUUUUGUGCAGUGCAAGAAAAUAUAUAAUUUAUUAUACAUUGUCAUGCUGCCAUACGUACAUGCUAAUAAAAACAAUAAUUCAUUGUUAUUAUUAUGUUGCUUUGCAACCUCUACAAAGUAUUUUACCAUCUGGAACAGUUACCUACCAAGAAGUAUUAUAAUAAUCUGUUGAAUUCAACUAGAAUAAAACUAAUUUAGUUUCGUGUGGUAUACCAUCUAAAUCGACCCGAAGUCAAUCUAAUAUCAAUGGCAAAUUAAAUACUGGACAACUAUAUCAGAAAAACAUUUGAAUAGUGAUCUUGAAGAUCAGAUGAGAUAACACUAUACAAUAAGAAAUACUGCCUUGUUUGAAAAUUUGAUAUCAUCUUAUAGAAUUCUCUGUUUCAGUUCAAAUUUGAUUUCAGGUUAAUUUUGAUUUAACCUAGGUUGAUUAUCAACCUCCUUUACCUCCAAGCUUGGAGUAUGAGCUAGCCCUAGCAGAAUAAACUUAGAAUAAAACAUUUUAACCUGAAGUCAAAUUUGACGUGUAAAUAUAAAAAUUAUAUAAUGCAAAAUAUAGCUAUAGCGGCAAGAUAAAAAAUAAUGCCUUCAGGCUGAUAUAAACAGCUGGUCACAGUUAAUUAUUUUAAUUAUUAAAAAGAGUUUUUUAAUUCAGCACAGAUUUGACUCUUUGGUUGAGAUCUAGAUUGCUGGUUUUCAGUGUCAUGCUAUUCAAAAUAGAUCAAAAUAAAAAUCAAAACCGCUCAAUAGAUAAAGUCCAGAAUCUGGGAAAUGAAAGGAGGUACAUAUAUAUACAAAGACCCCGGCCAAGAUUCAGGUCAGAGGAAUAUUUUGUAUACGAGAUAUCCAAAGAAAUGUUUUUCCCAAACUUAUAGAGAUUUGUCUGGAGACGCCAUGCUGGUGCUCACCUGGAUGAGCUCCAGCAUACCAAGUUUUGCUACAAGAGCGUGAAUUUAUUCUUCGAGAAACUCAUAAACAUUAAAGUAAUACUUUUUCUAAUUACACAAACUGUUUAGUUAGCAAAAUUUCCUGAAAUAAGUCAUUUUUUUAACCUACAUGACAGCUCUCUAGGCCCUAGCUCAUGUAAAUGCCGCGUCACACAAAAGCUUAGAAAUUCAAGUGUACUCUAUCACAAAACCAAGAACCCUUUUGAAGCGAAAAUUUGUAUGAAAAUUAGUUUUCAGCUGCUCUAAUACAUCGUGAAAGUAAAAUCUCAGUAGGAACGAUAGUUUUUUAGUUUGAAUUUUAGUGAGGUCAUGUGAAAACCAACAAUACUCACAUUGACCAAAGAAAGGGAAAAGAAAAGAAAAAUUCCAAAUAAUUUACAUGUACCUUUUUGUGCAUUACCAGAGGGUCUUAAUAAUGGUAAUAGGACUGAGUGGAGUCCAAUUCUGUCUGUAAUCAUACAAAUUAAUGAUUAAGAAAAUUUGAUGACUGCAUAGUGGGAGUCCAAUUGUUUAAUCAUAAGACAUGAUUACAGACUGAAUUGGAUGACAUGAAGUUCUGUUACCAAACUAUAACAAAACUUGUGAUAUUUUAGGUUGUUUUAAAUUAAAACACAAGAAAUUCAGAGAGUUUUUUUGCUGGCAGUGAAAAAAUGCCAUUUAAGUGUCACGUGCGAUGGCAAGUACUGUCCAAUUACUUUAUAAUAGGCAUAACAUGUCUUAUUACACUGUCCUAUUUGUGCUGAAAUCAGGACAGUUGAUAGCGAAUCAGAUUUGAGAAUUUUGUUAUAGUUAUGAUUAUUACAAUGUCUUUAUUCUUAGUACAAUUUGUUAGAGUGCUGCACUGGUAUCACAGAGGUCAGGGUUUGAAUCCCAGACAAGCCUGAAUUUUUUAGGCUUUCUUUUUGUAACUGAAUAAGUUACACCUUUAGCUGCAAUGAUCCUACACUGCACUUUUGAAAUGUGUUUGUCCAUAAUUUUACAAUAAUUUGAAUAAAAAAGUAAACAGAAGUAGAGUGCAGCCCUGACAGCAGGGCUAUGACUAAGGGCUGGGGGCAGGGGAUUUUCCCCAGGUACUAUGAGCAUAAUCCUUGCAGUUCCAAAAUACCAGAAAAUACAGGUCACUGGUCACAAGUGCAGGUCACUGCUCCAUUGAUAAGAUAUAGAUUUAGCCAGGGCUAAAAGCGAAGCUCUCGAAACAAAUUGUUAAAUUCUUGUAAUGCUAACUAAGCAGCGACGGCAACAAAAACAGCAAAGAUAAAAAAACAAUAGGUCUAAUUAGCAAAAAAAAAUGACUUUGGAUGUGCAGCACACUUUUUUUGUACCUUUCUUUGCUGUUGUUUUGCACGACGACAAUGUGAAACUUCCACAAACUUCCUAGUUACAUGUUUUAUGGAGGAAAUGUUGUAUGUGGUCCUGUUCAAUUUUUUUUUGCUGCCACUCAAUUUUAACCUUGGUGGCCGCUAGCAUUUUUCAUUUUCUCACAGCCACUAUAAAAUUUUCAUGUUAUUCUUCAAAUGAAAUUGGUCUCCUUUGCAUUCUUAUCUCUGGCUCUAGCUCUUCCUCUGUUAUCCACGCCAAUGUAGACUUCAAAAUUAAGUUGACAGAAAGAAUCGGUUUUGUUGUUGUUGUGUUUUUAUCUCUAAAAGUCCGGGUGGCUAUGUGAUUCACUGCCGAAGCGCGCGGGUACUUGAAAUGCAAAAUUUCACCCCAGCUUACAUGAAGGGGUGGACGUACGUACGGACAUACUCCGUGCAGACGAUUUUCUCAGAACCAAAAUUUCUUGGAUGCAUAUAGUCUACCAAAUUUUCUCACCCAUGAUGCUCUGCUGCACGCGCUUUGCGCGCAAGAGCUCCGCUUUAAAUAACUGAAAUAUUUUAGUUUCCCCUUCAGCUAAAACUCUCUUUUGGAUUGUGAUUAGGGCUAGGAAACACUUUUUGGUAUUGUUUAUUUACAGUAGCAUGGUGACCUGUACUCUAACCUGCACUUGUGACCUGCGACCGGCAUUUUGUACCCGCAGCACAACCCCCAGCUACUUUAUAGGAGACAAAAGGAAAAUAAACUCAAAAGAAAUUCCCAGUUUUUCGAUUCACACCCACUACCUUUAUAUACCUAGCAACUUAAAAUCUUAGUGACAGCCCUGCUGAGGCUGAUAAAAAAGGACUGAUGAGACAGCCAUAGUCUAUGAUACAUAUAGACAGAAUUAUUCUUUCAUAAUUGGUUUUGUCAUAAUGGAGUGUUUUGCUGUAUUUCCUCCUUUUAUUCAGGUGAAAGUGGUGCAGGGAAAACAGAAGCAUCAAAAAUAAUCAUGAAGUACAUCGCUGCUGUUACUAAUGUCUCAAAACAGUCUGAAGUUGAAAGGCUAGUCUCUAUAUAA